AUGCGUUUUCUACUGCUCACCGGUGGAAAGCUUUUAAGAGGUUUUGCUGAGUGUCCAAAAAGAAGAUUUUGUAACGUAGCAACCAUGGAAAAAUUCGAAAUCGUUCCGGAUGUCGUAAAAGUAGCUCCUGCUGAAGUUGCUGAAAUUAAAUACGGCAAUUUAGCAUUAUCUUUGGGUAACGAAUUGACUCCGACUCAAGUUAAGAAUCCUCCAUCUGUGCUUAAAUGGAAAGCCGAAGAAGAUUCUUUUUACACUUUAUGUAUGACUGAUCCAGAUGCUCCCAGCAGGAAAGAUCCAAAAUUCAGAGAAUGGCAUCAUUGGCUGGUAGUUAACAUUCCUGGUACUGAUGUUAACAAAGGAGAAACUCUAUCUGAAUAUGUUGGUUCAGGACCACCAAAAGGUACUGGCUUACAUCGCUAUGUAUACUUAAUUUACAAGCAAAAUGGAAAAAUUGAAACGAGUAAAUUAAGAAAACUAACGAAUAAAAGCGGAGAUCACAGAGGAAAAUUUUCCAUUCAAAAAUUUUCUGAAGAGCAUAACUUAGGAAAUCCAAUUGCUGGAAACUUUUAUCAAGCUCAAUGGGAUGAUUAUGUUCCCCAUUUAUAUAAACAAUUGGAAGGGAAAUAA